AUGAAGGAAUGCGAAUGCAAUGCAGAAGGAUCGCUGGCAAGCAUCAACCCCGAUCAUAUCAAGAAGCGGCAUGCCGUAUUUGUUGGUCUUGUAUGUACAGUCCAGCAAGAGGGUAUCGGGAUAGGCCUGAAGAAUCCUUCUCUGUCUAGCUGGUUGGCAAGGAAAACCGUUUGUCGGGGCGAUGCCUCACAGUCCAAGUACCCUUAUCCAGAGAUUCUCUGGCCAGGACUGAGAAUUGGCAGCCGGUUCCCCGGGUAG